GAUAAAAAAGAUACGGAGAGAGGUUUUGUGUUUUGAAAUGUGUACAUCUACAUGUGUUUCAUUUAGAGUUUGCAGCUGGAAGACGCGAGCUCCGUUCAAGUAAUGUCUUCUUUGCAUGCAGAAAUAACAUUUCACCUGCCCAGUAUUCUAGGGCUUGUGGGAAACGUUCAGGUAGAUUACAUGUUCCGCGUCUUUUGUCCAAACGAAUAUGGGCCCUUUAUCUAAAUAAAUUCUAAGCGUUUGGAAUACAGCGAACGAUGUUUUCGGAUGUGACUGAUCCAAACUGUAGCUCCAACGCAAGCGGCGAGGACCUUUUCGCUUUGCUGGAUCAGGAAUGGAGCGACACGCCGGCGGAGAGACUCUCCAGGACGGGACACAAUGUGGUGUCCGUGUUUUUGGGAUCUAUCAUGACGUUCGGUUUUCUCAACAAUCUCAUUGUUCUGAUCCUAUUCUGCAAGUUCAAGACCUUGCGGACCCCAGUGAACAUGCUUCUUCUCAACAUCAGCGUGAGCGACAUGCUGGUUUGCCUGUUUGGCACCACGCUCAGCUUCGCCUCCAGCAUUCGGGGACGCUGGCUGGUGGGGAGGCACGGCUGCAUGUGGUACGGCUUCAUCAAUUCAUGCUUCGGUAUCGUCUCCCUCAUCUCGCUGGCCGUGCUCUCCUAUGACCGCUACAGCACCCUGACCGUCUACAACAAGCGGGCGCCCGACUACCGCAAGCCGCUCCUGGCGGUGGGCGGGUCGUGGCUGUACUCCCUCUUCUGGACGGUGCCCCCCCUGCUGGGCUGGAGUAGUUACGGGCUGGAGGGGGCGGGGACAAGCUGUUCAGUGACGUGGACGUCACGCACGCCGGAGUCCCACUCCUACAUCAUCUGCCUGUUCAUCUUCUGCCUGGCCCUGCCCGUGCUGGUCAUGGUCUACUGCUAUGGGAGACUGCUGUAUGCCGUCAAGCAGGUGGGGAAGAUCCGGAAGACGGCGGCACGGCGGAGGGAGUUCCACAUCCUCUUCAUGGUGAUCACCACGGUAGUGUGCUACCUGCUCUGCUGGAUGCCUUAUGGCGUGGUGGCCCUCAUGGCCACCUUCGGCCGGCCCGGCAUCAUCACACCCGUCGCCAGCGUUGUGCCCUCCCUCCUGGCCAAGAGCAGCACUGUCAUAAACCCCUUAAUCUACAUCCUCAUGAACAAGCAGUUCUACAGGUGUUUCCUGAUCCUCUUUCACUGUAAGCGGCGGUCCUUUGAGAACGGUCACUCCUCCAUGCCCUCCAAGACUACAGUCAUCCACCUCACACGCCGGAUCCACAGCAACACAGUGGCCUGCACUGCCCCGGUCUCCACCGGCAUGAACCACCAUGACUGCAGCACCCCCGUCACAGAGCGGUCCAACCCACCCGAGGUCACUUCCUGAAGGGCCGGUCCCCGGUCCACAGACCCCGCCCCCCACGCGCAUGGACGUUCUGAUCCCCGGGCAAAAUCACGCAGCCCCUGCUCACUGCGAGCCCAUCUCUGCAUCACCCGCCUGUUAUCCUGUAUAGGUGUGCAAAAGAUGCCAUCGCAGUCUUGCAGUCCAACAUGUAAGUGGUU